GGGCGCAUUGCCAUGCCACCAAGUCAGUCAUCACUCUCCUCCAUCAGUGAUCACUUGGUAGUCUUCCUUGAGCUCUCGCGACCGGCGCCUCCCACCGUCCCUCAGUAGUAGUGAUCAGUCCGUCGCAAUGGCAUCCGCUGGCGUCAUCUCCACGCUCCUGGCGCCUCCCCUUGUCCACUCCUCCCCCGUCGCCUCCGCCUCUCCGCUCCCGGCGCACGCGCUCCCAUCCCUCCGCCGCCGCCCCCGGUCCCUGCCCACGGUCCGCGCCGUCCAGACGCAGGGGGCGGGUGUCCAGACGCAGCAGGGCGGCGCCGCCCGGAAGGGCGCCAUCCAGCGCUGGACCAGCGCGCCCGUCGCCGCCAUCGGCCCCGCCACCGACGACGAGUCCAUCUUCCUCAUCACCCUCGACCUCUCCGGCGCCCCGGCGCUCGUGGACGCGUACACGACCCCAGGGCAGUACCUCCUGGCCCGCGUCCCCUCCGGGGAGAAGCUCUCCCCGGCGUACAUGUGCAUCUCCUCGGCGCCGCGCUCCGGGCUCCAGUUCGAUCUGCUCGUCAAGCCCGUGCCGGGGACCACGUCGGAGCAGCUGUCCAAGCUCCGCGUCGGCGAGGUUGUGGAGCUCGGCCCCGUCAUGGGGCGCGGGUUCGCCAUCCAGCACAUAAACCCGCCGGCGGCGGCGGAGACCCUGCUCCUGUUCGCCGUCGGGGUGGGGAUCAGUCCGAUUCGUUCACUUAUCGAGUUUGGUAUUGCUGCCUCUGAAAGAAAUAAUGUGAUACUUUAUUAUGCUGCCAAAGAUCUGCAAUCUAUGCCAUACCAGGACCGUUUCAAGAAAUGGGAGAACACUGGAGUUAAAGUAGUAACGCGGACACAACAAAUUCUGGAACCUUUCUUGGAACAGAACCUGGGUGAGAUAGCAGUAAAUCCACUUUCUAUGGGAGCCGUAAUUGUUGCACCGCCUUCAUCGAAAGAGCUAAUCACCGGAGUCCUUUUAGACAUUGGCGUGCCACAUGAUAAAAUCUUAUCGAUCGAGUGGUCUCCCGAGGAUCCUUUCGCCCCCAAUGUCUAGGUGUUAUUCAUCAGGGGCACUUACGGGCUUCGACAAUGGAUGCUUUUACAGUGGAGUGAUGAGAAUCAGGAACAUUGAAUAACGCUUGUCGCACUAUGGAGGCGAUGGCUAUGUUUGUAAUCCUGAUAAUUAGUGCUUUGAAUAAGCUAAGCCAGCGUUCGUGCCAUGGCUGAGCAUGUUUGUAGUGCUUGACGCAUGCACGUUCAUGCGGAGCGCGCCUAAUAAGUCGUUAGAUCAUCUCCAAGUGUGCCCAAAAAAUACUGCCAAAAAUAAGUUUUGGAUAAAAAGCUGAAAAUCAAUGCUCUAACAGUGAUAAAAUCUUCUGCCUAA